AUGCAGGAGGAGGCCGGCGACUCGGUGGGCGCCCGUCGGGCAGUGGAGAAGCUGUCCGAAGCGGUGGGGCUGCGAGCCAAGGCUCUGGGCAGCGCCCUCCAGGAGGCUCACCGCCAGCGGCGCCUCCUGCUGGCCAUCGUUUGCGUGGCGCUGCUGCUGGACAACAUGCUCUACAUGGUCAUCGUGCCCAUCAUCCCCGACUACCUGGCCACCAUGGAUGGCGGCGGCGGCGCGGGGAAGGUACCGACGGCCGGGCAGAGCCUGGAGGUCAACAGCAGUGGGACGGGCGGGGGCUGGGCCGGCAACGCCAGCAGGACCUCCGGGCUGUUCCCGCCGCCCUUGCGGGCCGACAACCAGGACAUCAAGAUCGGCGUGCUCUUCGCCUCCAAGGCCAUCCUGCAGUUGCUGGUCAACCCGCUGACCGGCACUUUCAUCGACCGCGUGGGCUACGUCCUGCCGUUGCUGAUCGGGCUGCUGGUCAUGUUCCUCUCCACACUCAUCUUCGCCUUCGCCGAAAACUACGCCACCCUCUUCGUGGCGCGCAGCAUGCAGGGACUGGGCUCGGCCUUCGCCGACACCUCGGGGAUAGCCCUCAUCGCCGACAAAUACACCGAGGAGUCGGAGCGCAACCGCGCCCUGGGCGUGGCGCUGGCUUUUAUCUCCUUCGGCAGCCUGGUGGCGCCCCCCUUUGGCGGCAUCUUGUAUCGCUUCGCCCGCAAGCAGGCGCCCUUCCUGGUGCUGGCCUCCAUCAGCCUCCUGGACGCCCUGCUACUGCUGGUGGCCAUCAAGCCCUUCGCCAACAGGACCCGGGAGAACAUGCCGGUGGGCACCCCCAUCCACCGGCUGAUGAUCGACCCCUACAUCGCGGUGGUGGCCGGGGCCCUCACCACUUGCAACAUCCCCUUGGCCUUCCUGGAGCCCACCAUCGCCAGCUGGAUGAACCGCACCAUGAACACCAACGAGUGGGAGAUGGGUCUGGCUUGGCUGCCAGCCUUCUUCCCCCACGUCCUGGGUGUCUUCAUCACCAUCAAGCUGGCGGACAAGUAUCCCCACCUGCAGUGGUUCUAUGGGGCGCUGGGCAUGGUCAUCAUUGGGGCCAGCUCCUGCGUGGUGCCUGCUUGCCGGAACUUUACCCAACUGAUGCUCCCAUUGUGUGGCAUCUGCUUUGGCAUUGCCCUGGUGGACACCGCCCUUCUGCCCACCCUUGCCUUCUUGGUAGAUGUGCGCUAUGUGUCUGUCUACGGCAGUGUCUACGCCAUUGCCGACAUCUCCUAUUCGGUGGCCUAUGCCCUGGGGCCCAUCGUGGCUGGAGAGAUUGUCCACUCGUUUGGCUUCACCCAACUAAGCUUGGGCAUGGGCCUUGCCAAUGUCCUCUAUUCUCCGGUCCUUCUGGCCCUCAAAAACAUUUGCCAUAUGAAGCCCUCCCACUCGGAGAGGAACAUCCUUCUUGACGAGGAACCCAAAGGACUAUACGAUACCAUCAAGAUGGAAGAACGCAAAGCCAAGGGUAGAAACUUCCACCCAGUGGGGGAUUUUGAAGAGAAUAGUGUAGAUCCUUAUCAAAGAGACUUUAAAGGGGCUUUUGAGGAUGAUUCCUCAGACUAUGACUAUACUUAGGGCCUGGCUAGAAGGUCCUGUCCGAAUAGGGACAGUGUCUCAGCUAUUGUCUCCAUAUCCCCAAUGUGCUAUACAUUAAUCUUUCUCUAAAUCUCAAUCUAUGUCUCCCUCCCUCUCUCUCUCUUGCUCCUUCUCUCCUCUCCUUCUCAAGUUAGGACUUAAACCACUCUAUUGAGAUUAAAACUGUCUAUCCCCAAAUAGCAUAAUUGCAUAGAUGUAUUGGUCCUUUCUUGUUACAAGAAACGAAGUAGACCUCCCAUGCUUUCUGCGGUUCUGCCAAAGGUUUGGAGGCAGCAGUGUCGUGUGUGACUUAAGACUGGUUCACACAUGCACGUAUCACCCUUGAUGCAUCAGUUUGGUUGGCUUUCAUUUUUCUUCGUUUUUAUUCCCAGUUCCAAUGGCACACUUUAUCUAUACUUGAUUAAAAUAUAGUGAAGUUGGAAGCCACGAGCUGCACGUGCCCUGUUUCCCCCAUGUCUGCUGUGCAUGUGUGACAUGAUCUGAGUGUUCUGUCUGUGACAUUAGAUUCGGGCGUCUUCUCACUAGAGAUAUUGCAGUUAUGCAUGUGUGAACCAGCUUCAUCUUUAUCAGAUGCUUCAAAAAUACACAUCCAGGAUCUCCAUAAAUAUUGUACAUUUAUAGACAGAUCUCCACCUGGAAAUUUUCCAUCAGAU